UCAAAUGAAAUAGCAAUAUAUGGUGAACAUGAAAUCAAAAUAUUAGGUGAUUUUUAUAGAAGUUCUAAAUAUCAGAAUGAGCAAGUUUUUCCUGCAAAGAUUAAUAAGACUGGACUUAUUUAA